GGGGGGGGCAGCAGCGCAGGUGAAGUGGCGCCCGGGGAGCCUUGGGCCUGGUGCUGACCCCCACGUGGCUUUGUGAGUGCGGGGAGCAAGGGCGGGGAGGCAAGGGGUGAAACCCCGCUUGCCCCAGGAGCCGGAGGGCGGCGGGCUGGACGGUCCUUUGGUGAGGGGUGAUUGUACCUCCUCCAUCAUGUCUCAACGCAGCCGGCGCCUCAGGGCCACCCGCUAUGACCAGGGUGAUGAGGAUGGUACUGGCAGCAGCAGUGGUGUAUCCUCACUCUUGGGUGGCCAGCAGGUCCCCUUUAAGGACAGUACCACCAGAAACUUGAGGAAAAAGUCGAGCAGCAUGAAGCGUCUCUCACCUGCCCCUACCACCCAGACCUCCUACUACAGCGAAUCUGUUGUCAGCGAAUCCUACCUGGGCAGUGGCAGGGGGUUUUCUGUGGGGGAUAGCACUGCGUAUGAUGAUCCUCUGGAUAGUGAAUCCUACUGGGGCAGGGAGCUCCCGGUGAGGAGGAGAAGAGGCACAGGAGAUACGGAGUCCAGUAAAAUCAAUGGGCUGGCAGAGACCAAGAUCUACGAUACCUAUGCCUCUUCUUCUGGCUAUUCCUCUGAAGAUGACUAUGCAGGUCAUCAGUACACAGACCAAAGCAGCUCUAGGUCUGGCUUCAGGAGUGCAGCCUCCCAAGUGGGGUCAUUUCUCUGGCUGGUGAUCACUUCUCCAGGCCGGAUAUUUGGACUGUUCUACUGGUGGAUCGGAACCAUGUGGUACCGCCUUACCACCAUGGCUUCACUCCUGGAUGUCUUUGUCCUAACAAGGCGCUAUUCAGCUCUGAAGAAGCUCCUUCUCCUCCUCCUGUUGCUCCUGCUCCUGGCUUCCAUUGCUUAUGGUACUUGGUAUUUCUACCCGUUUGGGCUCCCGGUGCUCUACUCUUCCAUGUCUUCCUGGGGAGCUGCAAAGAUUUCAACCCCUAUUGCUGGCAAAGUUGAGGUGUCUGGAGCUGGGGACCUAGCUGCGUUUGACCAGUCGGAGCACCAUAUCUUGUCUCGGUUGCAAGCCCUGGAGAAACGUUUCAAGGCCCUGGAGGCUGAGGCAUCACGGCUGGAGGGGAUGGAGCUGCAGAGAGGGGUGGUAGCUGGAGGAGGCCUAUCCCAUGACGACAUCCGGAUGCUCUUGGAGGGGCUAGUGAGCCGUCGUGAGGCAGCGCUGAAGAAGGAUUUCCACAAAGAGUUGGACCUACAUGUCCAGAACAAGCUGGAUACCAUCCAAGCCAAGUUGCAGAAGGAUUUAAAUGGGUACUUAGAGAAGAUCACGCAAGACUCUCAGGACAUGGAGGCCCGGAUGCUCCAGCUGAAUUCAGACUGGCAAAGCUUAACAAAAGAGGGGCUGACGGGAAACUUCCUGCAGGAGGUGGGCAAGCUGGAGAUGGAACUGGCAGGCCUGAGAAAAGAGAUCAAAUUUCUGACAUCCGAGCAGCAGGCGGUAGUGAAGCAUGUGGAGUCACUUCCAGGACAGAUCAAGGGAGUGCGGGACGAUGUGGAGGCGCAAUUGCCCUUGUGGAUCGAACAGUUCUUGUCACAGCCGAGGAAGGAUGAUGUGGGCAGCCUGUUCCUCCAGCGCGAGGAGCUGCAAGAUCAGCUCCAAGAGAUGGAACAUAGAAUCCUCGCCAAGAUCUCUGAAGACCAGCAGAUGUCUGCACAGGAUGCCAGGGCCAGCGUCAGGGUUGCACUGCAACAAGGAGGAGUCAUGGCAGUGACGGAGGAGGAAGUUCAUCUCAUUGUGAACCGAGCCUUGAAGCGCUACAGCGAGGAUCGCAUUGGCAUGGUUGAUUAUGCCCUUGAGUCCGCAGGGGCCAGUGUCAUUAACACACGGUGCUCAGAGACCUACGAGAGGAAAACAGCGCUGCUGAGCUUGUUUGGGAUCCCCCUGUGGUACAACUCCCAGUCUCCCCGUGCCAUUUUGCAGCCGGACGUUCACCCUGGGAACUGCUGGGCGUUCCGUGGCACUCUGGGCUUUGCUGUCAUCCGCUUGUCCAGCCGCAUCUGUCCUACCGCUGUGACCCUGGAGCACAUCUCCAAGUCCCUUUCGCCCAUGGGCACCAUCCCCAGUGCCCCCAAGGACUUCGCCAUUUAUGGCUUGGAAGAGGAAGGACAAGAAGAAGGCAUCCUCCUUGGACGGUUCAUGUACGACCAGGAGGGCGAUCCCAUCCAAACGUUCCACUUCACGGGGGAAGAUUUGGGCGUCUUCCAGGUGGUGGAGCUCAAGGUCUUGAGUAACUGGGGCCAUCCAGAGUACACCUGCAUCUAUCGCUUCCGUGUGCAUGGGGAGCCAGCCCAUUAACCUUCCCACCUCGGCUCCCCCACCCCCCCGCUGGCUACCUCAGGCUCUAUGGAGGCCGUGAGUGAGGACGGCAGAGAGAAGGCGUCAGCGGAAAGGAGAACAAGGAAAGUCGUCUUUUUUGCGGCUUCACUCAUAAAUCCUUCAAGGAGGAAACAAGUUCCCUGGGGAAUAUAUUCCCCGCCCCCAAGCUUUUUUGCUCUGCCACUUCCAGAGAGUUUUUUGCAUUUAAGGAGGGGAGGAAGGGAAAGGAUUUUAGUGUCUCAAAGGAUGGUGUGGCAGGGUAGAAGAAAGCCACCCAUGGGCUUGGAUGCAGCCUGCUUUAUUUUCAAUUCACGUGGGACACUUUUGUAACUUUUUAAUCUAGUUUUGAAAUGGGUCUCUGCAGUCAGGAUCUAUUCAUCUGCCUUUCCCUUCCACACCUUCCUGGUAUCUAAGAAGCCUACAACAUAGUGUCCCAAUGGCUUUAGGAAGGUGUGCACAAUUAUAGUACGCUGGUUUGGGUGUGUAGCAUAUAUGAAGUUUUGGGCUAGGGUAGGAGUGUUAUAUGACCAACUAGUUUUGCACAGUUGCCCAUUCUCUUCCAGUAUUGGGCUUGCUUUUUUUUCCACUCAAGGGCUGACUGGCUGUGGGUUGAAUGAGGAUCCCAUGACCCUGAAAGUGAGAUAGUAGGCAUGUCUGCAGAGGAAAGCAAGUGGGGCAGGGAGGUGCUAGCUGAAGGGAUAAUAUCAAAGCUAACAACUGUGGGAGAAGAGACUCUUCUCCUUGGGGUAGUAAAGCCAACCCUUGCACUGGAAACUGCCUGGUCUAGUUAGUGUAUUAUGUACCUGUUAAGAUGCAUAUCCCUUCCAGCACAGGCCAAUGCUCUUAGUUUUCAGUGAUGCGUGAUGCUGUUGGCUAAGAAAGGAAGGGGUCUCUGAUAAUCCAUGCACUUAUGUCACUCACUCAUACAGCCUCACAUGGUUGCAAAACCCUCACAACCCAGAUAUCUUUACGUUGAUGCCCCUGAAGCCUCUUCCCACCUGCUGAUUUUCUGUUGUCAUAAUAAUGAGAAACUUUUUGCCUUCCAUGCAGCGUGUAACCAAGCUGUAGAACAUUCUGCUGCACAGAACCACUGAGGCUAACAGUUGAUGUUCAGAUAGACCUUUUAUUUGGUACAAAGACAGCUUGGGCAGUAACACUAGCUGGAGUGAUAUUAGCAGGGCUACUUAAUCCCCAGGCCUUGUUGUACAAGCUGAUCAACAGCAGGAGGUGGAAGAAAACUUCCUCUUGCAGCUACUGUACACUGAGGUGCCACUGUCUGGCAUCUGUCAUUGACUGUUGAUGGAGAUGGGGAACCAAAAAAAAGGGACCAGGGGCAUGUUCUGAUAGUUCUUGCCUUCCUGGUUGUAGAAAACCCUAGCCAAAAUGGUACUUGAGGGGGGCAGGGAAUGAAUGUACCCAUAUACCAGGUUGUGUGCAUCUGUAUAUAGACAAUUGUAUAUAGAGGACCCAUGGACAAGGUAGCUUCUGUGCUGUAGUUACCCAUAUGUAUGGUGUGUGUUGGGAGGGAGGGGGUAUGGGGCGGUCAAGAGGGUAUUAACGUGAUCGCACAAGCCUCACGGGGUAGUGGGGCAAUGAGGCAGUAUUAUACAGGGUUUGGGGUGAAGGGCUCCUGGCAGUGCCCCUGCUGGCUCCCAGCUAUAGAGGAUGCUGAAAGCUGGAGGGUAGAGCGGGCCUGAGGGCUCAUUGCAGCCAGGGGGAUCCUGAUUCAGAGUAUUCCAGGCACCUGGCUUGGCCAGACAAGGGCCCCAGUGAUGGUGGGCCUGCAAAAGUAUUAACCGUGGCAGUAGCAAAGGUCCCAGGAAGGAGCUUGUGGCUGAAGCUGGGAUUGGGCUUUCCCUGGGGGAUAUAUUAGGGCCAACCUCCUCUUUCCCCCUUGUUCAUGGCUGCCUGAGGUGAGGCAGCGUGGGGGAAGGCUGACAGGGUUACUGCUGCUUUCUCAGGCACCAGAUGAUAGUAACAAUGCUCUUGUUAAUUGCUGGUAAUCCGGGGGCUGGUGCCACUCUGGUACCUGUCCUCUCCUCUUCCCAGGGUCAGAUGGUUAAUUAUCUGUGACCUACUUUAUUUGGAAGGGAUUGUUCCUCCCCCCCACUCUGGUCUCGCCUCCGCUUCUCCGUGUCCAUUCCCAUCCUGCUGGAGACCGGCAGCACGGUCCUGAGCUGCAGCCAUCCAGGCCUGUGAAACGCAACAGGCAGCUUCACUGUCCCCUGCCCAGGACUUGGCCCUUUCCCUGCCUGGCAGCACCAAUCCCAGAUUCUGGCAGGUUUGGAGGGAAAGCCGGGUGGAUUUACCUGGCAGGAGAGAGGCAGCAACACUCAUCUUCAGCCACAAGCAACCUCCCCUGGGUUAAAGGAGUGCCGUUACCAGCUGGCUGGGGGUGGGGAUGGGGGGAAGGGUUUAUAAACUGGCUGGAUUGCUGGCCUGGGUCUGUGUUGAGGAUACGGUUUCAGAGCUGAGCAGCAGGCUUGGAGCCUGUUUUGGUUUGGGCAGGAGCUACCGUGGGCUGGUGCUUGGUUUUGUGCAGCGUGCUUUACUUUUAGUUCUGCUUACAUUUGCAUUGUGUUUAAUGUUUGCAUAUCUAAUCAUCCAUGUCUCCUUCACUUGAAGGAAAAGGCAAGGGCCCCUGCUUUGCGGCACCAAGUCUGGCCACAGUUGGCACACGCCCAUCCCAGUAGAUACAGGCUCUGAGCUGGGAGUCAUGGAGCACUGACUUGUGCCCUGUUGCCUCAGUCUUUGAAGCCCAGAAGGGCCAGAGAUGUUGACUUGGGGAGGGGCCAGGGGAUUCCUCACCUAGAAAGCAAUGGGUUUUUUGUGGUUAACAUCUCUUGGCGGGACAGCUCCCCAUUUCCCUAAGGGAGGAGGGUUGGGUGGCAUCUCCCUUUGGAACUGGUCACUGCUACUCACAAGGUACAGAGGGCAACAGGCUCUUGUAGUUGACCUGUGUAGCAAAGAGGCACCACAGGGCUGGGAAUAAAACACUGGUUCUUUGGCAUGCAAAUGUGAGGCACCAGUCCAUAGGUGGUGGUACCACCUGCCAGAAAGUGGGUCUUCCUGCUGCAAGGCCUUGCCACCUGCUAGGAGCAGUGGGUCUAGGGCCAGAUCCAGAGGCAUUUUGGUGCCUAAAAUGGGGCAUAAAGCAGCAUGUAAACAACUGUAUCCAAAAUGGUGAUCUUAACCAGCUGUCCUAACCUCAGAGGUACCUCUGCUUUCUAACUUCAGCAGUUUCUUGGGCCUGUGUGUGUAGCCAGAGCUGCCCCAGUCCUAGCAGGGCUAUUGUUUUAUCCAUUGACCUGUGUGACGUAAAAUAAGACAUCUUGCUAGGUAAGGGCUGUGCAUGGGGAGCUUGUGUCUAACGCAGGCUGUGGAUUGCUCACCUGGGACAGGCACCUGUGUUUAUCUUUAGGCUAUAGCCAGAUCCAUUAUAAGGCCUUAAAGGAUGUUUAGUGUUUGCUAACCCUGCCCAUCCUCCAGCUCGCAGCACUGAAUUGGGAAGAGAUUAAUUAUCAUGAUUUUCUGCUUUGGAACUUCUUGCCCAUCUGUAGGGUCAAGACGUUUCAAAUUUGGUACUUUAGCCAUGUUUAUCAUGAGGCUGGGUAUCCUGGUACAAAUACCCAGCGUGAGCACAGCAAGACAGUAAUAAGAGGGAAAUAUCUGCCAAGGCAGAGCUUCCUUGUUUAUUCUCCUUGGACUGCUUCACUUUAGUCUCACUCUCAUUCCAUGUUUGUCUGUCAAUGGUGUUACAAAUUAGCCCUGCGCAAACAGAUGGUUACAGGCAGGAGAUCAAGCUGUAUUUAAUUCUGUAGCCUAUUACAAAUGCUGCACUGUUUUGUUUUGGUUUUUUUAAUCUACAGAUUGUAAUUUAUGCCUAUGCAAAAAACCCCAAGACAGUAAAUUAUAUCAAAAGGUU